CCAAUCAAUGCUUGUCUUUCUAAAAAAUUCUAAAAACUUUGACAAAAAUAAAUUAAAAGAAAUCCAUGCAAUUAGUCCAAAUAGACGGAGAUGCCGAUUUAACUAUUCACAAUAUUUCCAUACUCCCUUCAGAUCAGUGUGCAACAGAAGAACAAAGAGCAAAUGUAGGUUUUAUGUUUGGACGUUUAAACAAUGGAUGGACACAUGUAGCUAUUUAUGGAUUUGUUUAUCCAAUGCUUGUCCUUGUAAUGAUUGCACCUUUGAGUGCUGUCAUGCUCGGAAUGAGUAAACGUGAAAAACGUGAAGGAGAAUCUAGAUAUCCAAAUCCAUUAUAUCAAUUAAUUUCACUUUUAUGCUUUUGUGCCUGGAUGUCACUUUUGGCACCACUUCCAUUUAGCUGUUGGUAUUACGUUCUAGGUGACGGUCUUAGACAUAUGAAUCAAAGUAUAGCAAUGUGCCAUUUAUUUAGAAAUACAAUGGAAGUUAUCCCACACACAACAGAUACUUUAAUUACACUUUGCUCUGUAAUCCUUGCGGGAGCUAGAUUUUUAACUCAAUAUCAUCGAAACACUUUAAAAUUGAGAACUGUUGAACGUUUUUCUCGUGCCAUUUUGUUUGUUAUUUUGUUGAGUGUUAUUCUAGGAGGACUACGUUUCUUUGAACACGAUGUUGCACUUUACUCUCUUUGCAUGGAUACUGAGCCUGGACCAUAUUGGGCACGUAGAUGCAUGGUUACGGAUGGAUCAUUAGUCUCAUUUUUACGAUUAGGACGAGCAUUUUGGAAGAUUUUUUUGCCAUUAGCUGAUCUUUUUGCUCAAUUUAUUUUACCUGGAGCUGCUCUCAUUCUUAUUCAUAUUGGUUUCAAUAGAGAAAGGGUUAUAGACUGUCAGCCAGAUGAACAUAAUCGAUUUGGACGUUCCUUACGUGAUCAGACAAAAAUACUUAUAUAUGCCGUUACAAUAGCUUUCCUCGUUGUUCAAUUACCUACAAGUGCUGUUACUAUGCUAAGCCUUACUGUUACACAUUUUGGGACAAAUAAAUUUUUAACACUUCUUGCUAUUUUAUUUGGUCAUUUACAACCUUUAUUUUCUGCCGCCACCAUAAUUGCCAAUUGUGGCUGUGUUCUUACAGCUUAUUAUGUUAUUGUUAAAGAUGAUGAUUUAGAUAUAGAUCAUGAUCGUUCUGAGUCUUCUGUAGAUUUAGUUGUUAAUGAACAUUUACUUAGAAAUUACCUUUCUACUUCAUUCUCAUUUGAUAAUGCUUCAAUGUAUAGUUCGAGAAGGGGAAGUGAAUACCCCGAACAAAUGAUAUUUAUAAAUGCCCCUUCCUCUCAUUCACCAAUUCCACAUCAGAGUCGCUCAAAUACACCGAGGGAAUUGCAGUCAACUACUGCAUGCUCAGAUAAAUAA